CACGCUUUUAAAGAGCGGAAUUACGCCCAUGCUAUACGUCAGAGAGCGAAAGCCGUCCCUCGGUUGCCGUUCUGAAGAGUUUCAGCGCGAUACCCUCCCAGCCAAUAAGGACACAGCUUUGUCCAACGGAGCUCCGCCUUUCCUUUGAUUGACGUUGUCACCCGCCGCUCAAUCAAAAGCAAAAGAAGGGGACUCGGGGUGGGCGGGAGGCCGUCUUGAGACGGAUCUCGGUCGGCGUGAGGUGAAGAUGGCGGUCUUGGCCCCUUUGUUAGCCCUCUUCUAUUCGGUGCCUGGGCUCUGCCGCUGGCUGGCCCAGCCUUACUACCCGCUCUCCCUCCUACUUUCGGCAGCCUUCUUGUUGGUGCGGAAGGUGCCACCGCUAUGCCACGGACUGCCCAGCCAGCGGGAGGACGGGAACUCCUGCGACUUCGACUGGCGGGAAGUGGAGAUCUUGAUGUUUCUGAGUGCCAUUGUGAUGAUGAAGAAUCGCCGAUCCAUCACUGUGGACCAGCAUGUGGGGAAUAUCUUUAUGUUCAGCAAAGUGGCCAAUGUCAUCCUUUUCUUUCGUCUUGAUAUCCGGAUGGGGUUGCUGUAUCUCACACUCUGCUUAGUAUUCCUGAUGACUUGCAAGCCACCUUUGUACUUGGGUCCAGAACACAUCAAAUAUUUCAGCGAUAAAACCAUAGAUGAGGAACUAGCUCGGGACAAGCGAGUGACCUGGAUUGUGGAAUUCUUUGCUAACUGGUCCAAUGAAUGUCAGUCAUUUGCUCCUAUCUAUGCUGAUUUGUCUCUCAAGUAUAAUUGCACUGGAUUGAACUUUGGAAAGGUUGAUGUGGGUCGCUACCCCGACGUCAGCACCAAGUACAAAAUCAGUACUUCUCCUCUCACUAAGCAGCUGCCUACACUGAUCCUUUUCCAAGGUGGUAAAGAGGUAAUGCGCCGGCCACAGAUUGAUAAAAAGGGACGAGCAGUUUCUUGGAACUUUUCUGAGGAGAAUGUGAUCCGGGAAUUCAACUUGAAUGAGCUAUACCAGAAAGCCAAGAAAAUAUCCAAGCAUGCAGAUGAGAACUUUGAGGAAUUUUCAGAACAGUCCGCUAUCACAGAGCAUCCUAAUGGGGAAAGCAAGAAAGACAAAUAGUGCCUGUAAGACUGGACCAUAAUGCUCUUACUGUUAAGCUCUCCAUUUCUGUUUCCAUCCUGACAUUUCUCCCAGGAUGUCAUUCGAAGACUGCUUCUACCCAACAGUGAUGGUGCUGGGAGAUGUGUGUAAUCACUAAGAUAUUUAUCAUUCUGGGCUCUGCUGUUGGCUGUGGACCUCUACAUUUUCUUUUGUAUUUUUGUUCCAAAUUUUCUUUCCAGGAGUCACUACUGAUAUUUAAAUAAUAGAACCAGCCAGAGAAAAUCUUGGUGACCUCCUCAAGGAGAAUAUCACCGUAGAAUGCAGGUUGCUUCUCUGGGAAUUAGUAGGAGCUGCUAAGGAAAACAUUGUAAUAGGAGGGUAAAUCUAUUUCUUGUUUUAUCGAUAUGAUUUCAAUGGUAAAAUUGGAAAAACCCACAACUCCCAUGAAAUCAACUCCAUUCACUCCUGAAGGUUCGCUCUGAGAAGAUAUUGGCAUUUCUGACCAGUUUUUUGCUACCGCUACCCAUUGCCCUAUUAUUAUUGUGGUCAUUGUUAUUGUUAUUAAGAAAGGUCUUGUGGUAUCUUGUGGUCUUUUCUCUUUUUAGAAGCUAAUGGGCAAUAGUAGAAUAUUUGCUGAACUUGAAGUUGUGCCAGAAAACCAGUGGCUAAUGUACAGCUUUAAAAGAUCUGUCUUUUAUAGUAACAGCUGGUAGCUUAGUGUAGCUGUUUGACUUGGAGGAACUGCUGUUUCUAUAGUCCAUCUAAUACUGCACUAAACAGGAUUUAACUAAUGGGGCAGAUGUUCUGGAACUACAUUGGCAGACGUUCCUAGCCAGUGUGGCUAUCUGGGUAGAGCAAGCGUUGGGCAAGUCUGUCCCAGCGAUUUUAGUUGCUCCACUCCGAAGAUGGAGGGCUUGCUUGUAGGUGAAAACACUGCAAAUCAGCACGGUUCAUCCAUGUUCAUGCUUCCGUUAAUGGUCUUGUACAGGUGCCUUUAAUAAAUCUGGGGGUGUUGUAUUCUUGUGACCUUUUAUUGAUUUAUUAGAUUGUUGGUGGAGUUCCUGCCUUCAUGGUUUGACUUUGGCUUAUUAAAAAAGUACAGUCUUCUAAUGUUUAAAUCAA